CUUUACCAUACCAUACUACAGUUUCCAGCGUUAUUCCUGCCAUUACAGUUCCGCCGGCGAUGAUCUGACAAUACGCGGUACCGCCCACCCCCAGAAAGAGAUCCUUGCCCGAUUCAGCAGGCAUCGACAGAGAGCACAUGUGCCCCGACAGCUCGCCGAUAUUCCCCCCAGCUGCCGUUCCUCCUGCUUUCUUCGUCCUACUCUUACUUUCAGUCCUCUUACUGUCUUCUUACAGGCCAUGGUGACCAUUUCUCAGCAUGGAUGAAUAUACUCCGGACGCCAUGGUGAACCGUGACGAUCUUGCCCCCAUGCUGGACAUGAAGAAGCCGAGGCGCCAGAGAAGCGGCUCUCCAGACAGUGCGCAUUCACGAUCAUCCUCGCAGUCAAAAAACUCUAUCCAAGACAGAUUAUUCUCCAAACUUUUACAGCAAAUCAUUCCUGCCGACGACGAUGAGGAUGGUACCGACCUCGGGGACAAGGCCUUUGUGGCAUCUCCCAAGCGGCCACCCUUUAGUCUACCGACUAUGUCCAACAAUUUCCGCCGGUUCAAUGCAAGAAUUGGCGUAGUGUUUCUCUUCCAGACUCAAGUUGAACGUCUGCUCAGCUGGGAAACACCAACGCAUACGAUAUCCUUUCUAUUCGUUUAUUCUUUCAUCUGCUUGGAUCCGCACCUGGUUCUGAUCCUUCCCUUGGUGAUUCUGCUUCUAUUCAUCAUGGUGCCGGCCUUUAUCACCCGCCACCCUCCACCACCCUCUACAUCUACGUCUAGUAUCGUCCCGUACUACUCCUAUGAAGGUCCGGCUCUAGCACCAGCAAAGACAAUCAAACCGGCUUCGGAGACCUCCAAGGAUUUCUUCCGCAACAUGCGAGAUCUUCAGAACGUCAUGGCGGAUUUCUCAGAUGCUCAUGAUGCAAUCAUCGGCAUAGUUGCUCCACUGACGAAUUUCUCCAAUGAAAAGCUAUCUUCGACUAUCUUCCUAGGUGGCACAGUGGCUACAGCGGUGAUGUUCAUCAUGGCGCAUCUCUUGCCUUUGAAGUUGAUCAUGCUGGCAGUUGGGAACGCUGCCGUUCUGUCCAUCAAUCCCAAAGUGCAAAGUUUUGUCAAGGCUUUGAUGGAGGACGUGGGCGGUGGGUUAUCGGACUUGGACUCGACAGCUGGCGACGAGGACGAAGGCAGAUUUGGAGCCGCGAUCCCCAAGGACCCGUCCGUUGCAAUGUCUGCACUGGAACAGUUGGCAGAGAUCUCACUCGACACCGAUCCCGAAGAGCGAGAAGUUGAAAUCUUUGAGCUCCAGCAUCGAGCAUCUGGUGUGUCAGAGUCUGGAUGGGAGAAUUUCCUGUUCAGUCCCCAGCCGUAUGACCCUUUGUCGCCCUCACGCAUCGCGGGAGACCGGCCUCGUGGAUGUCGGUUCUUUGAUGACGUACAGCCUCCAUCUGGCUGGAGAUGGAAGAGCAAGAAAUGGCACCUCGAUUUGGACUGUCGAGAGUGGGUGGUAGAGCGCAUGAUUACAGGUGUCGGGUUCGAGCUCCAGGGGGUCACCCCAGAUAACAGCACUAUCGUUGACCAGGUCGGUGGCUGGGUGUGGGAUCUCCCAUCUGAGCAAACCACUGCGCGAGAAGAAGAGGAUGAGGAGAUGACUCCCAUGGCUUACGGUGAUCUGGACGUGUCGACCCCCUCGUCCAGUCAAAAAGGCCCUUCGCCGCACAAGGGCAAGCACCGGGCCAAGUUGUCUGGAGACUGGGAGGAAGCAGCUGCUGCUUCUUAUGGGGUAGGAGAGUGGCGACGCCGGCGGUGGGUGCGAAUUGUGCAGCGCAUGAAUCUUCCACCAGCUGGAACUGUAACAGUCACGUACUCUACUCUGGGUCAUAAUUGAAUGUACGACCGCGCAAUGAUACCAAGAUUAAAUCAAGGCAUAUGUAUAUAGUAGACACUGAUAACUCUGAUAUGUGCUCAGUAUGAAGGAAUUAUACACCGUUUUAAGUACAUCUCCCUCGUGAAUAUCUAAAGAAAGAGGUACUUUUAUCAAAAACCACCACAGAUUGGGGUCAAAAAGUCAAAAACGCCAAACUCGCCCUAACCAAAUGCUGAAAUGAAACGAGUUCCUCGAUAUCAUGCCUGGCCCUUCUUCCACUUGUUGAGUCUCCUCCGGAUAUCACCCUCAGUCUGCUGCAUAGGGUUCAGCUUACGGUCACGGACCAUAGCCGAGAUAUUAUCCCCAUGCUUCUCAAUCAACCGCGAGAUCCACUCUCCCUCGCGCGAGCUCUGAUGCCGCGGCUUCUUAGCCUUCUCUCCCUGUCCCUCCAGGUCGGCCUGGCGCUCCAACUGCUGAACAACCUUGGAGCCGGAAAUGACCCGACCAGGGGUGUCUUCGUUGUCUGAUAGCUCGUUCAGAGGGUCGUUGAGCGGGUUGUCACGACGGCGCUUCUUGCCGGCAACUUCGAUCUCAUCAUAGUCGUGGAUGACUCGCAGAAUCUUGCCGGUCUCGGGAUCGCGCUCAACCUUUGUCUCGCCCAGAUCGAUCUGAGCGGCGGCAACGGCGCUGCCGUUGAUGUGGAGCGAGUUUGAUUUCUCGCCGAGGUCGUUGCGUCCGGGGAUUCGUUCCUUACCACCGGUGGGGGCGUUGAGUUUGUGCAGAAGACCGAGCUUCUUGUAGUUUUGUGUAAGGGUCAAUUCACGGU